AACUACGAAUUUAUCGUGUGUUGCGGAGAACAGAGAGAAAAAAUGGCGUGCAGGAGCAUGCUUCGUUCAUCGAUUCUGGUGGAACCGUUUCGAUUUCAGCCUCUUCAUUUUAGUAACGGUGGCGUUAGGGCUGGUCCGUUUCGCCGUGGCAAAGGCGUAACCCUCCGUUGCUGCUCUUCUCACAGCGAGACGCCGUCGUUUCAGGACGAUCAAGGUCCCCCUCAAGAAGCCGUGUUGAAGGCCAUUUCCGAGGUGUCUAAAGCGGAAGGGAGGGUUGGGCAAACCACUAACAUGGUUAUUGGAGGGACUGUUUCGGAUGAUUCUACUAAUGAAUGGCUCACUUUGGACCAGAAGGUGAACUCAUACCCUACCGAUAGGGGAUUCACUGCAAUAGGAACUGGAGGUGAGGACUUUGUGCAAGCCAUGGUUGUUGCCGUGGAAUCCGUAAUCCAGCAGCCAAUUCCUCAGGGACGCGUGAAGCAUAAGUUAUCAGCAAGGGGCAAAUAUGUAUCCGUAAACAUUGGGCCUGUCCAAGUUGUUUCCAGUGAACAGGUCCAAGCUGUAUAUAAUGCCAUGAGGAGGGAUGACAGGAUGAAAUAUUUUUUGUAGUAUGUUAGAUUUUGUAUAGAAUGCAGUGUUUCCACGGGGUUAAUUAACACGUCUGCCUUAGAGUGGCUGGGCUGGUUUUGUUCUUUGAUUCAUCCAUGAUAUCAGAUGUAAUCACAUGAUGCAAAUUGGACCUCUUCCGUAUUUUAUGAAGAUGUAAUUAGUAUAUGAUUUGUUACCCAUAGUUAUAAUAUUAUAAACAUUACUUUCUAGUGCAUAGUGAUAGAGUUGAAGGUGAUCAUGAAUCGUAGAUGUCCUGUUUGGUCUUUACAUACUAAUUUCAUUAGUUUAUUAUUAAGAACUCAUUCUUAUUUCCUGA